GGAACGAUGGAGGAGCUGGACGUGGAGCCGGCUGUGAUAAGCAUACCUGGACUUGGACAGCAACACAGAAACAUCGGAUUCAGCUGGGGACCAGGAGAAUUGCUUCUAUAUGAAACCCAUUACAAGAGUAAAGAUAUCAGACGCUCUAUCUUUAACCUCUGUCCAUUCAUGUAUAUUGUUAGUAACGAUGAAGAUCUCUAUUCUCCUGUCCUGCGUAAACUUUUUAAUGAGUCUCACAGCAUAUUUGUGAACCUUCAAAAGAGUGAAGAAGAGUCAUCCAGCAGGACACGUAAAGCAGAACUAGUCCAAGUCAGUAAAAAUUAUCGCUCAGUUCUGCGUGCCGGCAUGCUUGAAAUGCUCACAUUGAAGGAUUUAUCUAAACAUAUGUACCAUUUUGAUUUUUUUCAGCUCUCUAUACUGUCUGCCAUGGAGCUUUGCUGGAGCCUGUGUGAAAUACUCUUUGUUGAAGCUGCUACAGCUGGAUCCCUCUUGAUACUGCUGCUGGAUUGGGUACGUGCCCAUGUGUCAGAAGUAGACAAUAUAGUUCAAGAUGUGCUCCAAAGUGAAAGUCCCCCACAACAUGACAGGUUUUGGGAUGCGAUAACUGGACUUGUCCUGCAAGGUCGUAUGGAUGCAGCACGACAGUUGCUAGCCAAAGAAGCCGUUGCUUCCUUAGAAACAAGGAGCAUGUGCAGAGCGCUGGAUGAUCUUAUGAAGAAAAUGCCAGUUCUUAAUUCAACAGGGUCUCAGACACUCACAGAGUUUGAACUAAAGUGGCAGCAUUGGCAGGAGGUAUGUGCACGCCAUCUACAGGAGGGGACCUUUGCAUCUAGUCCAUCUAUGGAAACCAUAUGUAAGGUGUUACGGGGUGAUGAGGAAACUUUGCUCAUGAAGAAGGACCUCAUGGUUACAUGGUAUCAUUUUCUCGUUUCGCAGUUGCUUUUCACUUACCCAACAGUGAAACCGACAGAAUUGCAUUCCUAUGCUCAGGCCUGUUUAAACCUUUUUUCCGCCAGUGAAAGUGAUCCAGAACCACUAGACAGUAUCCUACUGGCUGCGUUUGAGCUAGACAUUCAUCAAGUCAUCAAGGAAUUUAGCUUUGUGUCCAACAAUUGGUGGUUUGUGGCUCAUCUGACUGACCUGCUGGAUCAUUGUCAACUUUUCCAGACCCACACUCUAUAUUUUGGGGCCAACAUGAGAGAAUACCUUCUGCUUGAGUAUGCGUCUGGUCUUUUCUCACAUCAUAGCCUUUGGCAGCUGGGGGUUGAUUACUUGGAUCAUUGUCCGGAGCUUGGUCGAGUUUACCUCGAACUUCUCAUAGAGAGGAUCCCUCUGACAACUGAAAAGAAGGCAUUAAAGGCAUUGAGAAUCUGUGAGCAGAGGCAGAUGACUGAACAAGUUCGAAGUAUUUGUAAGGCAAUGGCAAUGCAAGCUUUGCGCAACAAUCGCUUGGGUUCAGCUUUGUCUUGGAGUAUUCGAGCGAAGGAUGCAGCUUUUGCAACACUCAUAUCAGACCGGUUCUUGAAGGAUUAUUGUGAGCGUGGGAAAUUUUCAGACUUGGACCUAAUUGACAAUCUUGGCCCAGCAAUGCUACUCAGCGAUCGUCUUACAUUCCUUGGAAAAUACAGAGAGUUUCACCGGUUGUACAAUGAGCAGGAGUUCCAUGAAGCCGCUCGCUUGCUUCUUUCACUCAUGACUGCUCGCAUUGCUCCAGGCUACUUUUGGUUUUCCUUAUUGUUGGAUUCAUUGCCCCUUCUUGAACAGCAGCAGGUGAGACAUAUCUAUGUGAGAUGA